UAUUGUUAUUGGGUGGAAUAGUGUCCACCUCAUUGGGUCGAUUGCAUCGAGGGGUACCUUCUCCGUUUCUGUCGACUUCUUUUCCAAAAAGGAAAACUUCCAUUGGAGAUGUACCUCGGUAUACGGACCUAAUGUUCGUCAAUUAAAGGCUGAAUUUUGGGAGGAGAUUCGGGGUUGUUGCCCUGCCCAGGGUGUUCCUUGGGUGGUUGGUGGUGACUUCAACGCAAUUUUCGCUUUGGAGGAUAAAAGUGAUGGGCCUCCAAACCUUGGGGAUAUCCGGGAUGCGUCUUCUUUCCUUAAUGAUUUGAGUCUUUUCGAACCCCCAACUGUGGGUAGAAGGUUUACGUGGUCGAAUGGGCAAGUCAAUCCUACUUGGGUGAAGCUUAACAGGUUUAUUGUCAAUAGGACUUGGGCCGAGAUGUUUCCUAGAUUGAUCCAAAAUUGCCUCCCUCGUCUAGGUUCUGAUCAUGUUCCGAUUAGGCUUGAGGUGGGUAUGCACUGCUCUAACCCAAGGCCGUUCCGUUUCGAGCUUGCUUGGAAUACCGUGGACGGUUUCGCCGGUUUGAUCUCCCAGUGGUGGAAUAGUUUCAACCAGCGGUCGCGAGGCUUUGUGCUAUCCAAAAAGUUGCAAUGGCUAAGGGAUAAGCUGCGUGUUUUGGUCAAGGAGAGUUUUGGUUCCAUAAAACUGCGAAAGUUGGCCCUUCUUCAUGAGUUAGAGUUUUUGGAUAUCACCAAAGAAUCCAGGUUUCUGAAUCAUGAGGAAGCCCAGCGAGAGAUUGAGUGCAUCGGGAUAGUUUGUGUGAGAUUAGUAAGCAGGGGAGGAGGCAGUAUUGGAAGCAGAGAUCUAGAUUGCGUUGGUGAGGUUUCGGUCUCGGAGGUCAGGGAGAUCGGGAAAGUGUUUGAAAAUCAAUUUCGAGCGUUAUUUGGUCAACAACGCCCGUUCCGCUUUAAGGCUGACCUGAAUAGGCUCUUGAGGAAUAAAGCUAGGGUUGAUUUAUCUCACUUGGAGCGUCCUUUCUCUAUGGAGGAGGUUAAAAAGGCGGUCUUUGACUUAGGUAGUGACAAGGCUCCGGGUCCUGAUGGUUUUCCAAUGAUGUUCUUUAAAAUUUUUUGGGAGAUUAUCAAAGUUGAGGUUUUGAAGUUGUGUGAGGACUUUUACUCUGGGGAGGCGAACUUGGAACGUAUUAACUGGGCUAGCAUCGUUCUCAUUCCUAAGGUAUCAAGCCCUGCAUCCCCAGGAGAUUACCGACCAAUCAGUUUAAUUAAUUCCUCCCUGAAAAUCAUUUCCAAGAUUCUUGCUACGAGGCUGGGCACGGUGAUGGACUCUCUGGUGGAUCAUGCCCAGUCAGCCUUUCUUCAAGGUAGAUGCAUUCUAGACAAUAUUGCUACGGCUGAGGAACUGUUAUUUAGUAUCCAAAAAAGAAAUUUGAAUGGCCAUGUGUUAAAAGUGGACUUUGCUAAGGCUUUUGACUCGGUUGACUGGGAUUUCAUGUUUGAUUUGUUGAGAGCGAGAGGUUUUGGUUCAAGAUGGAUAGGUUGGAUCCACAAUCUUCUGAGAUCGUCUAAGGCCUCUAUCCUUAUUAAUGAAUCCCCUACAGGAUAUGUUAGAUAUCAACGUGGACUGCGGCAAGGUGAUCCGUUGUCGCUUUUAUUGUUUGUUUUGGUUACGGAUGUGCUAAGUACUUUGUUUGAGAACGCGCUGAGUUCCCAUAUUUUGGUUGGAGUACCGGGAUGUCAGGUGGAAACCAAUUUUGCCAAGACUUGUCUUUUUUCUACCAACAUGAAGCAGCUUCCUGAUAGGUUAAAACUGAUCAUUUCAUUUUAUCAUGGUUCUCUGCGAGCUCGAGGGAUUGAGAUCGACGCUGAGGAUUCCAUUUCCUCUGAUCGGUGA